GCUUUUAGAAAAGGGAAAUGAGUUUUUGCAGAGGCAGACUUGUUUUCAAACUCAGUGGAUAGAAGUGUAGUGGGCUAAAGUGGACCAGAGGAGGAGACAUGAACGGCACGGGUUACCUUCAGGGAGGUGAGGAGACUGAGGUAGGCUUGGUGGGGGCCUGCGUGAUCCUGAGUGUGUCCUUCAUGGUGGGAGUACCUGGGAACAUGCUGGUGGUGUGGACCAUCUUGAAUCAUGUGAAACAGCGAUCACACACGGUGCAUCUCAUCCUCCACCUAGCAGUCGCAGACCUUCUGGUACUAAUCACUUUGCCUCUUUGGAUCUACUCACUAGCUCAUUCCUGGGUGUUCGGUGAGGCCACCUGCAAAGCCAUAACUUACAUCAUCAAUGCUUGUAUGUACAGCAGCGUCUUUCUCAUCACUAUGAUGAGUGUGGAGCGUUUCUUAGCUAUCAGAUACCCCUUUGCUUCAGCUGGAUGGAGGAGGAAACGAGCACUGAAAAAGGUAUUAUUAGUGCUAUGGGUGGCUUCAUUUCUCCUGAGUAUUCCAGUUAUUGUAACUCAGACUUUGGGUGACGAUCAAGAUCAGUGUACGUACAGAGGCUAUGCUUCUGAUACACAAGAGGCUGUGUUGCUGAUUUUAGAAACUCUUAUAGGCUUUGUCAUCCCUUUUUCCAUUUUGGUAGUCUGUUAUGGCUGCCUCUUCAGUCGAAUAGCACAGAUGAACUUCAAGUCCAAACGAAAAUCGACAGUUCUCAUCUGCAGCGUGGUGGUGAUGUUUGGAGUCUUCUGGAUCCCACAUCAUGUGAGGAACUUUCUUUCCCUCAUCGCACUCGCUCUCAAAUCCUCAUACCCUGAAGUGGCAAAAAACUUGGAGGAUGCUUGCACCACCAUGAGCAUUAUAGCAGGAGCCCUGGUGUUUGUUAGUAGCUCAGUAAACCCAGUGCUUUAUGUGUUUGCCGCACGGACCUUCCGCAGCUCACUCCGGGAAACUGGAAUACAGAGACUGUUCCAGCAUUUAUCCAGUGCUGCCACAGGCGAAGAGAAUAAAGAGUUAUCAUUUGUGUCAAAAAAACAUAGUCCAAAUUGCCUGUAGAUGCUGUUAUGGAAUCAUUCAUCAAUACCUCAGCCUGACUCUGUGGGAACCAAAUAUACACAGAAACUGUAUAAUGUCAUAAAGUGUUAACUGUAUGAAUAAUAAUCAUAAAGUGUUAACUGUUGUCUCAACAUUUUGCAUAAAUCCUUAAAUAUAAUUGUAUUUCAGAAUUGUACUCAAAAUUAAAUAACUAUAUUGUAUAAAAGAAAAUCACUUUCAUGCACACUUUCAUUUGCAGUGCUUUAUGAUUUCAACAUCCCCCUUUUCCUCAUAUUGCAACAUGUGUCUGGGUUUAGAACUUGUAAGUGUGUGAAAAGGGGAAGUGGGCAUUAAAAGUAACAGAGGUCAGUCUAUAGAAAGAUUCCAUGUUUUCCACUGAAGUGUCGUUCUUCUCUGUAAUUCUCUAUUUCUUUACCAUCAAAAUCAAACAUAUGUUACUGCUCAUAAUCCAAAUGGGCCCUAUACGCUUUCUUAAUACUUCCUCCUUCAUGGUCUUACUGUGUCUGAAUUCUUAGAAAAUGUUUGUCUUCAUAACAUUUCAUAAAAGCAUAACUCCACAUCUGCAGCAACUUCCUUUUUUUGGUUGGCAUCACCAAUCCCUCUUGUUUUUCAACCCUUCCAACCACCUGUCAGAGGCA